GAAAACAAAGAUGGCUGGGAUAGGAAGCAGCAACUACUGGGAGGAUCUGAGAAAGCAAGCCAGGCAGUUGGAGAAUGAACUUGACCUGAAGUUGGUCUCCUUUAGUAAAUUGUGCACCAGCUACAGCAGCUCUAGAGAUGGACGCCGAGGAGAAACUUCGGACACCACACCAUUGCUAAAUAACUCCACCCAGGACAGGAUGUUUGACACCAUGUCAGUUGAGAUUGAACAGCUGCUGGCCAAACUAACGGGAGUGAACGACAAAAUGGCAGAAUACACCAACACCCCCGGAUCAGCUUCUCUUAAUGCUGCACUAAUGCACACCCUCCAGAGACACAGAGAUAUUCUACAGGAUUACACACAUGAAUUCCACAAAACCAAAGGCAACUUUCUGGCCAUCCGGGAAAGAGAGGACCUUUUAGGAUCUGUCAGGAAAGACAUUGAAACAUAUAAGAGUGGUUCAGGAGUCAACAACAGAAGAACAGAGCUGUUUCUAAAGGAGCAUGAGCAUCUCAGAAACUCUGACCGGCUGAUGGAUGACACAAUAAGCAUUGCAAUGUCGACCAAGGAGAACAUGACCUCACAGAGGGGCAUGCUGAAAUCCAUCCACAGCAGGGUGAACACCCUGGCCAAUCGUUUCCCAACUAUCAACAAUCUCAUCCAGCGAAUCAAUCUGCGGAAGAGAAGGGACUCCCUGGUCCUUGGCUCUGUGAUAGGCGUCUGCACCAUUCUCCUCCUGCUUUAUGCCUUCCACUAACCCUACGGGCAGAUGACUUCCAUCAAGGCAGGAUUCUUCUGCUCCUUGUAGCAUAUGAACCCCCACCUCCACCCCCAGAGACCACGCUCCAUGAUCGGAGGAUCCCUGAGGGUCCGGAGCAGAGAGACUUUUAGCUGCCAACAAGUUCCCACUGAGCCUGCUUUUAAAAGUGAGACUGAUUUUGGGCUGAUGAUCAGUUCUUUUUUUUCUGCUCACGGAGAAACGGAGACCAAAAUUACAAGUUAGACCCUUUUUGUUUUGUUUGAGAACAAACUGUUCUUUUUUUCCAAGAGCAAAGAGGCUAAAACUGUGUUGUUUAAAAAGGUGGCUGAAGGAUUUUUAUCUUGAUUAUUUUUAAUGAUUUGAGAGAUAAUUCAUUGUAAACUGUAAAAUGUGAAUUAAUAAAUUAUUCAUAUCAGUUUGAGUUUUAAAAUGUGUGACGCUAGUAGCUUUUCAUUUCUUACACAUUUCACUUUUUUUUAAGGUAGUGUCUGGUAGGGUAAUUUAACCAGGAACAGGGGCACUAGGUCACGUAAUGUGCUUACUGACAUGCACUAGAGUGUGACUGAAUUUUAAGUUUUGAUCUUUUAUAGAAAGAACAGUGCCUUUAAAAAAAAACAUUUUCUCAUGGUUUUAUCUUAAACCACAACAUGUUUUUAUUGCCGUAGUAUUAAUAGAACAGCACAAUGAUGUGCAUUAAUUGGAUGUGUUAAAAAAAAAGCAUCUUUUGCUAUAGCUAUGGCUGAAAGAAGACUUAAUGGACUGCUCUCCAUU